GCCACUUCAUUGAUUUAAAGAAUCGAAUGAAUUGGGAACUUUAACUCGAUUUGAAAGAAAGAGAAACACACGCGGAAAGAAAACGGCGAUUAAAAUGUUCAGGCGAAAGCAACGGACAAACGGUACCAGCGCAGGACCCCCCCCCUCCCGAAGCGCGUAAACUGAGGGCGAAAUAAAAUCCGUUGCGGCGGAAAACUCUUAACUUAUAAUGUCUUCAAACGCUGAGCUGCUGAGAAAAACAAGAGAGAUGGAGCCACUCUCCAGGACAACCAUUCUGCAGGUCUCCACUGUGCUGAAGGAAUGCUUGGAUCAGCUAGCCAUCUUGGGAUACAUCAUGCCUGUGUCCUAUGAAGAGAAAUCAGACAUGGAGAAUAUUGUAGGGAGUGAAAUUGACCAGAUAGUCUUCAGUCAAAAAAGUUUGGAGUACAAGUAUGAGGAGAUCAUGCUUUCGAAGAACAUUGAGAGGAUGUCUGGAAUGUUGAAUGCAGCGCGACUGGUAGAGCUGGGAGAUCAACUGCAAGAAACCUCCAGGGACAUAAAGAGAAGCAAUUGGCUCUUUAGUAACUCCUUCCAGAACAGCCCUGUGACCCCUGAUAAUCUAAUAAAAGUGCAAGCUGACAGGCAGGUUGCAAUGGAUGUGAUUGCUGACACUUUGCAUGAGAUUACAACUUCUGGAACAUUCCUGACUCUCAUCAAUGCUGUCCGGUUUGAGAAUGAGAAGAAAGCUGACAACCAGAACACUAUUAUCAGGGAGGAGGAAGGGAGGAAGAAAAUCGCAGUUCUGCAAAGACACCUGCAAGAUAUGAGACAAGAGAAAGAGUCUGAGUUGCAGCGCAAAGAUGAGAUUAUUGCACAUCUAAAAGACCAACUACAAGAGAUGAAAGCAAAAACCAACAUGGAAAGGAAAUACAUGAAGAAAAAUGCAGAACUUCAGGUCCUCCAAACACAGAAGAAAUGUGCACAGAAUGAACAAGAGCUGCAGGACGAGUUUGAGUGCCUGAAAAACAAAACUGAUCAAGAGAUUCGGGUACAUUUGGAGAUUGAGAAUUUCCUGAAACAGCACCAGACAGAAAUGGAGGAAAACUUGGAGCACUGGAUGGAGAAGUAUGAUAAGGACACCGAUGCCAAACAAUUGGAACUUAACUUUUUAAAAAUCACAAAGUCCAAUGAUGUAGAACGCCUAAAGAACCUCUCUGCCCAGUACUUGAUGAGUGAGCAAGUAAUAAUCGAGGACAGGAAGGAGAGAGACAAUGAGCGGAAGAGGCGAAUACAGGAGGAGACAGAGCUUAAUGCCAUUAUUAAGCUUCAGUCGUGGUGGCGAGGGGAGAUGGUCCGGAGAGGGAUUGGAAACACUAAGCUCAAGAAAGCCAAGAAAGGAAAAGAUGACAAAGGAAAAGGGAAAGGAAAAGGAAAAGGGAAGGAUAAAGGGAAGAAGAAAAAGUGAAGCUGUGUCUUCACAUUUCAGCAUUCUUGUUUGUUUUCUGUUCUGUUAAAGCAAGGUUGUUGCUGACAAGUUUAAAGAUGGACCAUCUGAAAACCAUAUUAAUUUUAUACAUCUCACUGAAAAGUUAAAUUAUGAUAAUAAAUUUCAUAACUUUUUUAAGAAAAAGCCCAAUUAGAAAAUCAUACUGCUUGAUGUCUCAAUAUCAGCAGUCUGAACUUUUUGCUCAUACUCUUCAGUGCGCUUUGUUUAUUGUUAUGUAAUUUGUUUCUUCCAGUUUUAGGAUUUUUUACUCUUUAGUUUUCUUCCCCAACAUUUCCUUAAGGAGUUGAUUUGUGCUGGAGGCAGUAUCUAGCUGAAGGUGUCAUUUUUUUAUAUCUUAAUAUAUCAGCUUGGACCUGUGGGAGUAGCACAAUGUAGUCUGAUCACACCAUCUCCGCGAGGGGUCUAGUACCAAGAGCUGAAAUUCUGGCCAAGUUCAUUUUCUCUCUCCCCAAACCCAAGGCUGAGACCUAAGAGCUGCACUGGCUGGGUACUGACUCAGCACAGUCCAGGGUUUUAAUCAGAGGCCUUUCUGGUUUGCAUUGCUCAGGACCACAGUAUGUUUAUUCACUCAAGUGACUGCACUACUCGUUUUAUAGAUUAAAAAAUAUUGUGCAUAUGCAGCUUUAUGAACACAAUUCUCUGAUAGAAACAGGAAUUUUGAUUAUUGCUGACAGUAGGAAACCAUUUGAUCCGAACCCUCUGUUUCUGUAACAAUCAUUUGAAUUUGAACCAAUCUGGAAAUCAUUAGUGUGUCACCCCUGAGACUUGGAUCUUUGAUUACCCAAUGUUAUGAAGGAAAGUCUACUUCUGGAGUGCAGAACUGCUUCAGAGGCCUGAAUAGGAACAGUCAAAUAAAUGUGGACACACUGCCUAGUCUUACACUCUCACUGGAGUAGGUGGAGGGAGAGAGAAAGGUACGUCAAACUGUACCAUAGCACACAGGCCAUUAUCUCCUGGAGAAAAGAAAUCGGGGAUAAGGAAUUUAAAGUAUUACAUAGUUUCAUCUUCAACCAGUAACAGACUUGAAAGUUUAAUUAUUUGAAUGUACAUGAAUGGGAGCCAAAAGGCUCAAUUGUGUUUUCAAAUAUAGAAAUGUUUUUGUCUAAAGUUAAUAUAUGAGGAGGUAUAGAUUUGAUUCAGUUUCUUUGUCAUUUACUUGAGUGUGGCAUGGAGAGGUUUCUGAAAAUAGCCGUAUGUCCAUAUUUUUUAAACCAUUAUGAAAAAGGAAAUCACCAACAUGUUUGAGCUGUAAAAUCUGUCCAAUUCACAAUCCCAUCUCCCGAAUUGAAGUCAACGAUUAAUACGUUUGAGCCCCACAACAGAAUUUGAUUGUAGUCUGGGUUGAUUGACACUGUAGCUCCCUCUAUUGAGGAGACACUGCAUUGUUGGGGAAGCUGUGCUCCAGGUGAAGUAUUACAUUGAUGUCUGUCCAUUCUGAUGGCCCAGGGGGCACUAUACAUCCUCUUGACCAACUGUAUUUUGAAGAGCUGAGAUUUCUCUUGGUGUCCUGCCACUAUUCCUCCCUUAUUCAAAUUCACAAAACACAAGUUAACACACGUCAAAGUAAUCCAUUAUAUGAAGCAGCUUUGGAAAUGUUUGGUGCAAAUAUUACUAAGAACUGAAAGAGAGAAAAAAGGGAAGAAUAGGACAAAUGGACAAAUUAAGUUUUCCCCACUUGAAAUUGCAAGUAUGGGUUGGUGUCUUAAAUAUGAUGAAAUAUGCUAACAUCUACUGUCCAGGAUGACUCACAUAUAAACACUCAGAUGUGGUACGGAAAGGCCUUGCAUCAAUGUAAUAGAAAGGGUAGGGAGAGGAGAAAGAUGCUAUAACAUUAGUUGAAGAAAAUGACACAAUCAAUAAAACACAUAGUUGAA